UUUGCGGGGGCCCCUUGAAGGGCUGAAAGGUAGGGGGUGGGGGUCGCCAUGGACGCAAGUUUGUUUUGCCUCCCAAAAAGCGGACUCAAAGUACCACAAUGCAACGCCGAAAAAAAAUAUCAUCUCCUUAGCUACGGCUUUGGGAGCUACGCCCCAAGAAGAAGACGAAGAAGAAGAAGAAAGAGAAGUGGGAGGCUUGCCCCCUGAAAGAACUCAUUGUGGAGAGGGAUGAGAGUGUGUGUGUGUGUGUGUGUGUGUGCGCGGACCCCCUCCUCCUUAACUAGCAGUGGUCUGGUCAGCAGUGGAGGGAUUAGGAAAGGCAGCUCCUCACUCACUCACUCACUCACUCACUAUUAACAGACGGGGGAUUGCAACAAGCGUGAAUCAUGCCCGUCGUCAUUACUACCGGCUGGGAGUGGAGCCGAAAUUGUGCAAGAUACGGAUAACAGCGAAGGAAGGUCCGAGUGGAUCGAGUCACGCUUCGCAGCUUUCUCCCGUCUCCCAUCGUGGAAAUGUCUCAGCAGGGACUCCCCCGCCGCCACCGCCGCAGCUCGGACCCGUCGCGUUGCGCUGCCGCUGCUUCCCUCACGUGUGUUUAAGAAGUGACCUGGAUAACUAAAAAAAAAACAAACAAACAUAACCUCUAAGGAUCCGAGUCAGAAAACCAAAAGGGCGUGCGGAUAUUUACCACUUCUUUUUUCUUUUUUUCUUUUUAACCGUGCCGAGAUUUUGCUCAAGUGGACGAGAAGGUGGUAAGAGAGGGGGAAAAAAAAAGUUGUGGUCCCUGAUCAGAGAGAGGAAACAUGGGGAACGCUGGGAGCAUGGACCAUCACCCUGACUUCAGGGGACACAACAUGCCCCUGAAACUGCCCAUGCCGGAGCAAAGUGAGCUGGAGGAGAGAUUUGCAAUCGUUUUGAAUUCGAUGAAUCUUCCACCAGACAAAGCGCGGCUGUUGCGGCAGUAUGACAAUGAGAAGAAGUGGGAACUAAUAUGCGAUCAGGAACGAUUCCAAGUGAAAAACCCGCCUCACACGUACCUCCAAAAGCUGAGGAGUUAUCUAGACCCAGCAGUCACCAGAAAGAAAUUCAGACGGAGGGUACAGGAGUCCACCCAAGUCCUGAGAGAACUGGAAAUUUCGUUACGGACCAAUCAUAUAGGGUGGGUCAGGGAAUUCUUAAAUGAAGAGAACAAAGGCCUGGAUGUGCUUGUGGAAUAUCUUUCUUUCGCACAGUACGCCGUCACUUUUGAUGGCGACGGUGUGGAGAACAACCCAGAGUCUGGGCUGGAUAAGUCGAAGCCCUGGGGCCGCUCAAUAGAGGACCUACAUGGAGGGAGCACCCUGCCGUCCCCCAUCACUGGGAACGGUAUCACCCGAGUCGGGCGUCAUUCCACGAUACGUUGCAACACACUUCCCAGCCGGAGAACGCUGAAAAACUCCCGACUGGUCUGCAAGAAAGACGACGUCCACGUCUGCAUCAUGUGCCUGCGCGCCAUCAUGAACUACCAGUACGGCUUCAACAUGGUCAUGUCACACCCGCACGCUGUGAAUGAAAUUGCACUAAGCCUCAACAAUAAAAACCCAAGAACUAAAGCUCUGGUCCUGGAGCUUCUGGCGGCGGUUUGUCUCGUGAGAGGAGGCCACGAAAUCAUCCUGUCUGCGUUCGACAACUUUAAGGAGGUAUGUAUGGAGACCCAGCGGUUUGAGAAGCUAAUGGAGUAUUUCAAGAACGAGGACAACAACAUCGACUUCAUGGUGGCGUGCAUGCAGUUCAUCAACAUCGUCGUACACUCGGUGGAGGACAUGAACUUCAGAGUUCACCUACAGUACGACUUCACCAAGCUGUGUUUGGACGACUACUUAGAUAAACUAAAGCACACAGAGAGCGACAAGCUGCAGGUCCAGAUCCAGGCCUACUUGGAUAACGUGUUUGAUGUGGGUGCCCUUCUGGAGGACGCAGAGACCAAAAAUGCUGCCCUGGAGCGGGUGGAGGAGCUGGAGGAGAACAUGUCACAUAUGACAGAGAAGCUGCAGGACAUGGAAAAUGAGGCCAUGUCCAAGAUUGUGGAGCUGGAGAAGCAGCUGAUGCAAAGAAACAAGGAGCUGGAUUCCAUCAGGGAAGUCUACAAAGACACCAGCUCGCAGGUGCACUCACUGCGGCAGAUGUUGAAGGAGAAGGAUGAGGCCAUCCAGCGACAGAGCAACCUGGAGAAGAAGAUCCACGAGCUGGAGAAGCAAGGCACGAUCAAGAUCCACAAGAAGGGAGACGGAGACAUCUCAAUCCUGCCUUCGCCCGCCUCGGGUGUGCAGGGUUUGCCUGGUGCCACGACCGGAGGAAACGGUGCAGCUGUCAGUCCAAACCAUGCGGGCGUCGCGGCGAGCGCCGCUUCCCCGCCUCCGCCUCCUCCUCCACCCCCUCCGCUGCCUGUGAAUGGCACAUUGCUCAACGGACCAUCAUCUAUUACUCAGGCAACAGCUCCGCCACCUCCGCCACCACCUCCUCCGCCCCCUCCACCCCCCGGACUGGCCUCGGCAAUAUCAGCCCCGAUGCCUCCGCCGCCGCCUCCUGCAGCGCCCCCUCUGCCGGGUUGUGGGACGCCAACAGUCAUCAUGAACUCCGGGUUGGCAGAGGGACCCAUCAAACUUUUCUCUGUUAAGAUCAAGAAGCCCAUCAAGACGAAAUUCCGUAUGCCCGUCUUCAACUGGGUAGCCCUGAAGCCAAACCAGAUCAAUGGCACCGUCUUCAAUGAGAUCGAUGACGAGAGGAUACUGGAGGACCUGAACGUCGAUGAGUUUGAGGAGAUGUUUAAGACGAAAGCCCAGGGCGCGCCCAUCGACCUCAGCAUGAGCAAGCAGAAAGUCAUCCAGAAGAUGCCAAACAAGGUGACGCUGCUGGACUCCAACAGGGCGAAGAACCUGGCCAUCACGCUGAGGAAAGUGGGCAAGAUGCCGGAGGAGAUCUGCAAGGCCAUUCAGCUGUUCGACCUCCGGACUCUCCCGGUGGACUACGUGGAGUGUCUCAUGCGCUUCCAGCCCACGGAGAACGAGAUUAAAGUCCUGCGGCAGUUCGAGAAGGAGCGCAAGCCCGUCGAGAGCUUGACGGACGAGGACCGCUUCAUGAUGCAGUUCAGCAAGAUCGAGCGGCUCAUGCAGAAGAUGACGAUCAUGGCCUUCAUCGGCAACUUCGCCGAGAGCGUGCAGAUGCUCACGCCGCAACUCCAUGCAGUCAUCGCGGCGUCUGUGUCCAUCAAGUCAUCUCAGAAGCUGAAGAAGAUUUUGGAGAUCAUCCUGGCGCUUGGAAACUACAUGAACAGCAGCAAAAGAGGAGCAGUGUAUGGAUUCAAGCUGCAGAGUUUAGACUUGCUACUCGACACCAAGUCGACAGACCGAAAGAUAACAUUGUUACACUACAUAGCGAAUGUGGUGAAGGAGAAGUACACGCAAGUCGCCCUCUUCUACAACGAGCUGCACUACGUGGAGAAAGCCGCGGCAGUGUCGCUGGACAACGUCCUGCUGGACGUCAGGGAGCUGCAGAGGGGCAUGGAGCUGACCAAAAGAGAAUACAGCAUGCACGGCCACAACACCAUGCUCAAAGACUUCAUCGCCCACAAUGAGAGCAAGCUGAAGAAGCUGCAGGACGACGCCAAGAUUGCACAGGACGCCUUCGACGAGGCGGUGAAGUUCUUCGGGGAGAAUUCCAAAACCACACCGCCAUCUGUCUUCUUUCCUGUGUUUGUGCGAUUUGUUAAGGCUUAUAGGCAAGCGGAGGAGGACAACGAGCAGAGGAAGAGGCAGGAGCAAAUUCUGAUGGAGAAGCUUCUGGAACAAGAGGCCAUGAUGGAGGAAAACCAGAAGUCCCCGUCCCACAAGAACAAGCGGCAGCAACAGGAGCUGAUCCAGGAGCUCAGGAAGAAGCAGGUGAAAGACAGCCGGCACGUCUACGAAGGCAAGGACGGAGCGAUCGAGGACAUCAUCACGGCCCUAAAGAAGAAUAAUAUAACUAAAUUUCCCAAUGUCCAUUCGAGGGUAAGGAACUCCUCCAGUAGCUCCUCUGUAGUGGUGGAUGUGUCCCAAACCUGAUUUGAGGAAUCAGCCUUACAGACGAGCGGACGCCGUGCGGAGGAGCGUAAGGAGACGCUUCGAUGAUCAGAACCUGCGGCCGGUGAACAAUGGCGAAGUGGUCAUGUGACAAGGGAACGGUGCAUGUGCUGGGAGGGGGGGAGGUGGGGAAGUGGCGAGCGCGUUGAGAAGAGAGGAGGAUUGACAGAAAGUUUGAUGCAGAGUAAAGGAUGACGAGUGAAAGAGAGUUUGGAAUUGAGUAUGUAUAUAUAUUACAUAAGAACACAAUAUUCCAUGUUUGUGUUAUCGUAGCAGUGAUUCACUAUGAAGGACUGUAGCGGACUGAAUAUACGGAGUCUGAGAGGUUGAUUUAAAAACCCUAAGACAAGCCAAGUGCCUGAACUUAUUUUUGCGGUCUUCUGUUUGUCUGACGACUGUUUUUAAUAAUCCCUUUCCAAGCAAUACAACCUUGACCUGGCUUUAAUUUUGAAGGUGUGUGAAACUGGACAUGCAGUGGCCUUAAGAGCCACGUGAAAAGAUGAUGUAGAAUGUAUGGGACGCGUUCCCUCUAGCUGUUACGAACAUUACGCCUGUGGUAUCUCGGUACAUUCCGGUGCUCUUGCGCAUACGAACGUGUGCUCAACUUGCACUUUUUCUUCUUUCUUUUUUUUUUUUUUUUUUUUUAUAACAUCUCACGAGGCUUCUCGAGUUUUUGUAAAAGGGCUGAUGAUCUGGAAAGAAAAACGUGAUCAGAAAAAAAAGGAUCUCUAUAUUUGUACUAAAGUUUAUGGUAGAAAAAGAAGGAACGAAAAUGUGAAUUGUAUUUAUAGCCGUCAUCUCCAUACUGACGUCUUUUAUCAGGUUACUAUAAGCCUGAAUUUGUAGCCAAUCCAUAAAAGACGACUCGCAUUUAAUUUUGUUUAAAAAAAAAGUGCAUUCCUGUAGCUGCACAGCAAUUCAUCUGGUUUUUGGGAACAAGCCCGUAAAGCUACAUGAAUACAUUUUCUACCAAACUGCACGAAAGUUUCGAAAACCCCGACUGGAAGACAUGUCAGAACUGGACAUAACUUAGCAUUGUGUUUCUGUGUACGUUGUUACGGUUAACGCUAUUCCAGGCUACUGUGUCUACUCACUUUACUGUAAUUUUGUAUAGUAUUUAACCACUGAAAAGAUUCCUUUAAGCUCAUGUUAUCAUCCAGUGUGUGUCCAUGAUCAUUUUAAAAGAAAAAAACAAAAAAAUGGCUCAACAAAAACAUUUACAACGCGUUUCCUAAAUGUACAGAUAUUUUGCUACCAACUUUUUUUUUUUUUUUUUUACUCAGUUCACAUCACCCGAUGGUUAAUAAUGUACAUAUUGUUUAAAACUAAAGUUUUCAUUGCCUUGUGCUAUACAACUUGAAUGUUAUUUUAACUUAUAGUUUUUUUUUUUUUGUAUAUUUAAUUAAGCCAAAUGCAGCCAGAAAUCUUACAGUAGCGUUUAAUCGUACGUGUCACCGUCGUGCAGGGAGUAGCGGUUUGCUUGUAUGUGUGUCACGGGUGUAUCGAACACCAGCCACACUAACCAUUAAAGCUAGUAGUAGUUGACCUGUAGCGAGCCGAUUUGUGGCUUAUCGAUCCACACUCCUGUAACCGUCUCAACUGAAGCAUUCAGCUCGUUUUCUCUCAACCUCACUGUCUGUUACCGUGUCAUUUCUCAAACUGGAUAAUACUGGCAUGUCGUUGUUGUUUUUUUGUUUGUUUUUUCAAAUUUCACCAGACAUUUUAGGCUGUUUGUGCUGAUUGAAAUAACAAGCUUUUUUUUUUUUUUAGGUGAAAUGAGAUUUUCAACAAAUAUGAUAAAAUAAACUAUUUACAUUGAAUAUA